AUGGGCAAGAGAAAGUCGUCAGAAGCCCACAACAUGCAAGUGGACGAUUCCUUCCUGCCACUAUUGCAGGAGGAGUAUAAGGGCAAGAAAUUGUAUGACCCAAUCAAUACCGUGGAUGAUAAAUGGGAGCUCUUGCCAGCAUUCUUGAAGGUUAAAGGUCUCGUCAAGCAGCACUUGGAUUCGUUUAAUUAUUUUGUGGAUGUGGACUUGAAGAAAAUCAUCAAAGCUAACGAGCUAGUCUUGUCCGAUGUGGAUCCUCUGUUUUAUUUGAAAUACUUGGAUAUUCGAGUUGGUCACAAGUCAUCGCUGGCUCCUGGAACCAAAGAGGUGAUCAUGGCGCCCCAUGAGUGUCGUUUGAGAGACUUGACAUACUCGGCUCCUAUCUACGUGGAUGUUGAAUAUACUAGGGGCCGCAAGAUCAUCAUGCACAAGGACCUAGAGAUUGGACGUAUGCCUAUUAUGUUGCGUUCCAACAAGUGUGUUUUAGACGGCAUUGAUGAGCAGAGAAUGGCUCUUUUUGAGGAAUGUCCAAUCGAUCCCGGAGGAUACUUUAUUGUCAAUGGAACUGAAAAGGUAAUUUUAAUUCAGGAGCAACUUUCCAAGAACAGAAUCAUUGUUGAAGCGGAUGAAAAGAAGAACAUUGUCCAAGCUUCUGUCACUUCGUCUACGCACGAGCGUAAGUCGAAGACCUAUGUGAUUUCCAAGAAUGAAAAAAUCUACUUGAAGCAUAACUCCAUUGCGGAGGACAUUCCGAUCGUGGUGAUGUUGAAGGCUGCUGGUAUCGUGUCUGACAUGGAGGUGUUGCAGCUUGUAUGUGGCUCCAACCCCCAGUAUCAGGACUUGUUCGCCAUUAACUUUGAGGAGGCUGCUAAACUCGAGAUCUUCACUCAACAGCAGGCACUUCUCUACAUUGGUAAAAGAGUGAAGACAGUGCGUCGUGCCGGUGCUCCCAAGUUGUCGCAGCUCCAGGAAGGUAUCGAGGCUAUUGCUACUACUGUGAUUGCUCAUUUGACUGUUUCCGACUUGAACUUCCGCGAGAAAGCCUUGUACAUAGCCACCAUGGCCAGAAAAGUGUUGAUGACCAUGCAUAACCCAACGAUGGUUGACGAUAGAGAUUAUGUGGGUAACAAGCGUUUGGAAUUGGCAGGUCAAUUAAUGUCUUUGCUUUUCGAAGAUUUGUUCAAGAAAUUCAACACAGAUUUCAAAGCUAACAUCGACAAGAUUUUGAAGAAGCCAGGGCGUACCUCAGAGUUCGAUGCACUUUUAUCUAUUAACAUCCACUCUAAUAACAUCACAAUGGGUAUGAACCGUGCCAUUUCCACAGGUAACUGGUCGUUGAAACGUUUCAAGAUGGAAAGGGCUGGUGUUACUCAUGUCUUGUCUCGUUUGUCUUACAUUUCUGCAUUGGGAAUGAUGACGAGAAUCUCUUCUCAAUUCGAGAAAUCCCGUAAGGUUUCUGGUCCUAGAGCUUUGCAACCGUCUCAAUUUGGUAUGUUGUGUACUUCUGACACACCUGAAGGAGAGGCCUGUGGUUUGGUUAAGAACUUGGCCCUCAUGACCCAUAUCACAACAGACGACGAAGAAGGACCAAUCAAACGAUUGUGCUACCUCUUGGGAUGUGAGGAUAUCAUGAGCCUUGACUCUGCAUCUAUCUACUCUGAUGGUAAUUUUGGUGUGUUCCUCAACGGUACGAUGCUUGGAACCACAAGAUUCCCUGUUAAAUUUGUUAAAGACUUCCGUGCAUUGAGAAGAACGGGAAAGAUCUCUGAGUUUAUCUCUAUUUUCACAAAUUCCCAUCAAGCUGCUGUCCAUAUCGCCACAGAUGGUGGUAGAGUUUGUCGUCCGUUGAUCAUCAUCGACGAAAAAACUGGUACCCCACGCGUUGAGGCACACCACCUAGAGAAAUUGUUAAAAGGUGAAUGGGUUUUUGAUGAUUUUUUGAAACAUGGCUUAGUUGAGUACUUGGAUGUCAAUGAGGAAAAUGACGCCUUGAUUGCCCUAUACGAAAAGGAUUUUGAAGAGAAUCCCGAUCUUAACUACACCCAUUUGGAGAUUGAAACUUUCACUGUUCUUGGAGCAGUUGCAGGAUUAAUUCCAUACCCGCAUCACAACCAAUCCCCCAGAAACACAUAUCAAUGUGCGAUGGGUAAGCAAGCUAUUGGUGCCAUCGCAUACAACCAGUUCCGCAGAAUCGAUACCCUUUUGUAUUUCAUGGUUUAUCCUCAGCAACCUAUGGUUAAAACAAAGACAAUCGAAUUGAUUGACUACGACAAAUUACCAGCAGGCCAGAAUGCAACUGUGGCUGUUAUGUCUUACUCUGGUUACGAUAUUGAGGAUGCUUUGGUUUUGAACAAAGCUUCCAUUGAUAGAGGUUUUGGAAGAUGCCAGGUUGUGCGUAAGAAUACCAUCACGCUUAAGAGAUAUCCAAACCACACAAAGGAUAUUGUGGCAGGUAUGCGCGUUGACGAGUCUGGUAAGCCUAUUUUCUCACAUAGUGCUUUGGGUCUUGAUGGUUUGGGUGAAGUCGGUAUGAGAAUAGAAAAUGGACAAGUAUACGCCAACAAACAAGUUCCAACCAAUGCUGGUGAGUCCGUUCUUGGUGAUCAUAACCAAUCUCCUGGUGUUGAAUCUCACAGGGAAACUCCAGCUUACUACAAGGGACCAGAACCCUCGUAUGUUGAUCAAGUCAUGAUGUCCGUUAGUGAUAAUGAUCAGGCAUUGAUCAAGGUUUUGUUGAGACAAACCAGAAGACCUGAACUUGGUGACAAGUUCUCAUCCAGACAUGGACAGAAAGGUGUCUGUGGUAUCAUUGUACAACAGGAAGAUUUACCCUUCAACGAUACAGGUGUUACACCUGAUAUUAUCAUGAACCCACACGGUUUCCCAUCUCGUAUGACGGUCGGUAAAAUGAUUGAAUUAAUCUCAGGAAAGGCAGGCGUGUUGAAUGGUUCGCUUGAAUACGGUACAUGUUUUGGAGGUUCCAAGUUGGAGGAUAUGUCUAAAAUUUUGGUUGACAAGGGUUUCAACUACUCAGGAAAGGACAUGUUGUACUCUGGUAUUACAGGUGAGUGUUUGCAAGCGUACAUUUUCUUUGGACCCAUUUACUACCAAAAAUUGAAGCAUAUGGUGUUGGAUAAAAUGCAUGCUAGAGCAAGGGGCCCAAGGGCUGUCUUAACUAGACAGCCUACCGAAGGUAGAUCCAGAGAUGGAGGUUUGAGAUUGGGAGAGAUGGAGAGAGACUGUGUGAUUGCAUAUGGUGCUUCUCAGCUUUUGCUCGAGAGAUUGAUGAUCUCUUCAGAUGCCUUCGAAGUUGACAUCUGUAACAACUGUGGUUUGAUGGGAUACAGCUCAUGGUGUAACACAUGCAAGAGCUCUGAACACAUGAUUAGAAUGACAAUUCCUUACGCAGCGAAAUUGUUGUUCCAAGAACUUUUGUCCAUGAACAUCGCUCCACGUUUGAAGUUGGGAGAUGUCUUUUAG